GAGGGGAAGGAAAACAUGACGAAUCGCUUCCCACUCCCCCCCCUAGUUGGCGCUGCAGUGGUGCGUUCCACCCGAAACCGGAAGCGGCCGCACAUGGGCGCGGGGAGCGGGAGCGAUGCGGCCGCUGCGGCCGCUGCCGGGGCUGUGGGUGCUGCUGUUGCGGCCGUGUAUGCGGGCACGCUGCCGCCCGGCCUGCCCGGCGGGGACGCGGGGGAGCUGAUCACAGCCGCAUAUGAGCUUGGAGUCGCCCACCCGCCCGGCUACCCGCUGUUCACGCUGCUGGCUGGGCUGGCCAUGAGGCUCCUGCCCAGUGGGGCCGCUGCGGGCCGUGUCAACCUGCUGUGUGCUGUGCUGGGAGCUGUGGCAGCUGCGCUGCUCUUCUACACCGUGCUCAGGCUUUCUGGCUCAUAUGCUGGAGGAAUCCUUGCUGCGGGGGUGUUUUCAUUUUCUCGUCUAACAUGGCAGUGGUCCAUCACGGCGGAGGUUUUUAGCUUAAACAAUCUGUUUGUGGGGCUGCUUAUGGCUCUUACCGUGCAUUUUGAGGAGGCAUCCACUGCAAAAGAGAGAUCAAAGAUCGCCAAGCUUGGUGCCUUUUGCUGCGGCCUCAGUUUGUGCAAUCAGCACACGAUAGUGCUUUAUAUUGCUUGUAUUGUACCUUGGGUUCUCUUCCUGCUCUUCAGAAAGACGGAAUUGUCCCUAGGCCAUUUGCUGAAGUUGGGUUUAUGCUUCUUGGCUGGUUUGCUGCCUUAUCUCUAUCUGCCGGCUUCGUCCUACCUCAAUCGAGCCCGUUGGACAUGGGGAGACCAGACGACUUUUCAAGGAUUUUUGACCCACUUUCUCAGGGAGGAAUAUGGGACAUUCAAUCUGGCCAAGUCCGAGACUGGAUCCAGUAUGAGAGAUAUGCUGGUCUUCCAGCUGGAGCAGAUGAGGUCGGAGCUGUCCCUUCCUGUCCUUGCCCUGGCAUUCAUGGCCUGUUUCAGCACAGCACUGCCGAUAAAGCAACAGAAAUCACCCGUGAUUUGUCUCUUCGCUGGAAUGCUCUGUGUUUAUUCACUCUUUUUUGCCUGGAGAGCAAAUUUGGAUGUUACAAAGCCUCUGUUUCUGGGAGUGGUGGAGCGGUUCUGGAUGCAGAGCAAUGUGGCUGUGGCUGUGCUGGCAGGGCUGGGGCUGGCUGCUCUCGUGUCCCUCGGAGGUGCUGUGCUGCAGGGCAGCCGGGUGCUGCCAUGGCUGGAGUGGCUUUGUGCUGGGGCUCUCGUUGCUGCUCGAGUUUGGGCCAACUAUAGUGAUUGUGAUCAGAGCAACAAUUACAUUGUUGAUAAGUUUGCAAGAAACCUGCUGUCCUCUAUGCCAAUGGGUGCAGUGAUUUUGCUAAGAGGAGACUUACCUGGGAACACCCUUCGUUACCUGCAUUAUGUUGAAGGAGUGAGGCCAGAUAUCACAUUAGUGGACCAAGAGAUGAUGACUUAUGAAUGGUAUUUACCCAAACUGGCAAAGCAUUUACCUGGUGUUCAUUUUCCUGGAAACCGUUGGAACCCUGUGGAAGGAAUAUUACCCGAUGGGAAACUUGCUUUUAAUCUCCACCGUUUCCUCAGAGCAAAUAAACAUAAAGAAGUGUUUGUCUGCAUAGGUCUUCAUGAAGGGGACUCAACCUGGAAGAGGAGUUACUCGCUUUGGCCAUGGGGUAUCUGUGAGAAAUUGGUUCCUUCUGAUGCUGUCUUUGACCCAGAGGAGUGGAUUCGUCUGACAAGAAAUCUCUAUAACUGGACUGAAGAAUAUGGGAGUUUCAAGCCCUCUUCCUGGGAAGCUGUCGCCAAUGAGGAGAUGUGGCAAGCCAGGAUGAAAACAGCUUUCUUUAUAUUUGGCCUUGCAGAAACUGCCAGUGUGCCUGCAGAAAUGAAAGCACAGCUGUACACGUUGGCAUACACUUCGUACAAAGAAAUUGUCAGCUCUCAUCCACAUCACCCAGUGAACUGGCACAAAAACUACGCGAUAGCCUGCGAGAGGAUGUUGCGUCUCCAUCGGGUGGGUGAGGACCCCGAGGCGUUGCUCUCCGAAACCGUUAAACAUUUCCUCCUCUACACCCAGAAAGCAGAGGAUGAUCCCCAGCGACAGGAUAUUCUACAGGCUGUGAAUCACCUCCAGAAGGAGCUGCAGGGGCUGAGGGAAAUGAAAGCUGAGCUGAAGCGGCAAGCUGGGUAGUGGCUGUUCCACUGUGCUCCUUCUGAGGUGCUGAGAAUUUUGAGGUCCAGAGCUUUGAGUUGGUCACGGACAAUGUGAGAAUGUUGGUAAAAGGUGACAAAAAGAGCAGAGGGCUCUUCAGGAACGUACUGUUGUUUGUUAUCUGAUUGCUGUUGCCGAAUGAACAGUUUGUAUGUGAGGAAAGCUCAUCACAAAAUAAAAUACGGUGUUUCAAGAAGAGUGUUUCCUCCUAAAGGCAGCACUGUGAAAAUCAUUUAGAUUUGUUUAUGGAUUCAUCAUCAUUUAUAGAUGCAAAAAUAUAUGUUUUGCCCUUAAACAUUGCUGCUGUUGUCGAGCAAAGAAUUUUACUAGAUUUUUCCAUCAGGACAAGCGUGCAGGAUGGAGCCCUUGCAGGAGCAUGACUGUGUGCUGUUUCAGGUGCCCUCCGUGCCCUGGCUGUGCCUUUGUGGUGCUGCCAAAAUGACCCCCAGGAAACAAAUGCAGCAACUGGCGUGGGGUGAUGGUGUUGGGUGGAGACAAACCCAGCUCACUGCAGGGAGGGCUGUUUUCAUUGCACUGGGAUUUUAUGCUGUGAUAGACUUCACUGCACUGGUUUUCCUGUAGCAAGUAAUUUAUGUUUUUCUUCAUAAACCAGUGUGAGUAUAUGCAGCAUCAUGGCAUCUCCUGUGCUGUGUGAGUCUGGGGUAGGGAGGCUGCGGUGCUGACAUCCAUCCUGCUUUCCAUUCUGCCCCAAAGGCCAAGGAGGACUCAGUUCCCAAGAGCUCAGCUUCAUAUUUUCCAAAAAAUGACAUGAAAUAGCUUGUCUUUCAAGGUUCUGUCAGUUAAUAUGUCUUACAAAGGCUUAAAACAGACACUGAGCUCUGGUGGUGUUACUGGAAGUGCAUGUUUGGCAAAAAGUUUUCAUACUUUGCUCCUCCAUCCUCUGAAAUCUCAGCACGGUGGUUUUAUGGGAGAGAAACUGCUGUCGGUCCUGGGUUGCAUUUGGGUUAGUAAACUUUUUGGAGAAGGCAGAAGUAUUUCUGUAAGGAUCACGUUACUGGGUGGCUCUGCUGGGAGCUUUGUGGGGAUGCUCCCUUGCAGAACUUGGUGUGUAGUUUGAGUGCUGGAUGUGCAGUGCUGUGCACACGUAUAGGUGCAGUUUUUGGUGCUUGUGUAGUUGCUGAACUUAACAGAUCUUUAAGAGAAGAUGGCUUUUGUUGGUCCCUCUAACUUGAGCACUAACUUGAGUGCUGUAUAUAUAUAAAAAUCAAACUGUUCUUUGGAUUCUUUUAUUUUUCUUUGUUUUUCUCCCUUUCAUCCCAGUUUAUUUUCACGGUAUGAUUUCCAUAGCGAUUCUCCCCUGUCCUUCUAUGAAACAAUUCCUGUCCGAGCAGCAGGUAAGAAAUGACCAAUGAAAAAGAAAAAUAAAACUCGGGCUUGUGAGUUGCAAAGGGGAGAGUGAAGAAGAGCGGUUCAGGGGUGUCUUUUUAACUCUUUGUGUUGUAAUUGACUACAUUUCAGGUCGACUGUGCCUCACUUAAAUCUCUUCCUUUUUGUCAGUUCCUGCAGAAGUGUUUGUACAGAGGGAGAGAAUGUCAUACAUUCCUCCAUGCAGCUUUCUCAAGGCUGACUUUCUUCUCACUUCUCAGAAUCAGUCCUUCAGGCUGACAGAAAAGCAUUAGGAAUCCAAUUUUUGAGUGCUUUUGUUACCUGCAUUAUUGAGAAUCCAUUCAAGCAACUAUAUUGAGCCAAGAGUUUUCUUUAUCUUGAUUCGAUGCCUCUCCUUAGCUGCAUAGUCUUGAAAUAAUUGGAAGCUUUUGUGAAUUCUACUAUCUGCUUGGGAGAAAAGAGGGGCUCUACAAAGGUAUGUAAGCCGCAGUCUGCUUCAAGUGAUGUAUCACAGUGUAUUGUAAAAAGCAGCAAUGCAAACUGCAAGCAGAACUUUCCCACCGGCCCAUGCAUUCCCAGGUGUGAGCAGCAGUGGAAGCGUUGAUGCUUUUUUUUAAGGAGCGAGACCAGAAAUGCUUGCAUCUGUGAGUGCUGCUACCGUCUGAAUUGCGUGCACGUGCGAACACGGGUGGCUGUGCUGGAUGCUCAGCUGGAAGGUAUCACCGAUGGCAGAUUGCAAAAGUGAAAACGUUUAACGGAGAAGGACGUGUGAGAUUUCCUCCUGCGAAUCUGUUCCAAUUAGAUUUGCUGGUGCUUUCAGACGAAGCCGUGUGUGUGUUAGUAAGCCCGUUUGCUGAAAGGCAGUGCUGAGGGAUGCUGGCAGAAGUUUAAUUUUUAUCAGCUCCUCUUAGGUGGCACCCCUAAGUUUAUCAAACAAGCAAAGCUGAUUUGCUCUUCGUUAGUCUCAGUUGCAUGCGUUGGUUGCCAAGUAAACAGGAUUUUGCAUUUUCCUAAUUGCUUUCAUAUUUGUGUUUUACCUCUAUUUGUUCUCUUGCAGAACCGGCCCUAAUAAUUAGUCAGACUCCUGCUGCCUAGACCUUAAAAAAAAAAAAAAAAAAAAAAAAAAGUGAAGGGGGGAGACUUCAGAGGGCUUUUUCUCCCUUAUAAAUUCAUUUUUGUUACAAGCAUCUUUUAUACAUAUUACUAAAGCGAGCGCACUAAGAAAUGCAAAUAAUAGUUCUUUAUUUUAUUAUGACAGUUAAUUAAUAGCAACCUGUUUUAAUGAAUAAAGUCACUCAGAGUCCUUCAGCACUUCCUAAGUAGAGGCCAGAAUCUGUAGGGAUUCUUUUUUCCCCCCCAUUGUAUAGCUCCUAGACUCCGUGCGCUAUAUAGGGCCUGUAUAGAAAUGCUCGCUAAUGAAGAGGGAGGGCGAGGAACUUGUCUGCAUUCAAAGAUCACUGGUGAGUCAUUCAGCGAGAAAAGGCCCCUUGCUAGGAAUAGUCACAGUUCCGCGGCAUUGUGCUAGCAAAAGGGUUUGAUCAAAGGUCUCCUGCGGAGCUUGCAUGGUUUCCUUUCAUACGACGACCAUAAUUAAAACCACUAAUUCUCUUUUAAAAUGCUGCAGGAUGCCAUGUAGGCAUCUGUCUGGAGUGUCCUUUGUGCUGUCGGGAGCUGUUAAGGACCAGCGCCGAGGGCUUUUCAGCGACAUGCCAGUCAGGAAGGUGAUUCGACACAAGGGUGCCUCUGAAGGCUUGACAGGGCCUUGACUACACAAUCCGCGCUGAAUUUGCCCCUUGUCAGCUGCCAGUAAAUAAAUCUCAAAGGGGGAAAAGCUGAAGUUUCAUUACCUGAUCCCCGGGGCUUUGUUGGUUUUGGCAUCGCCCAGGGGGAAGCCCUGGCCCUGCGGGGCUGGGGCUGGAGGUGGCCAUUGGGGCUGCGUUGGGCGCGGGGCCGUUUGAAGCCCGUCAAUACUUGUAACAGUUCAGCUGUUGGGAAGACAAAUAAAUGGAAGAGCCCAUUAAUCCCCUUUGGGUACCCGGUGCCUUUUGCCCUUUUAUCACAGCCUUAUUAGGUUGCUACUCAUCUUGAACCAGGAGGAAUGAAUUGAGGUUGUUGAGCGCUAAUUGGCAAAGACUUUUCAUCGUGGGCCAAGAACUUUCACUGACUUGAAAGUAACUUCGCCGUGGGGAGGAUCAGCGAAUUCUUGCCUUGCCAUUAAAACAAAACCCCCAAAUCCCAUCGUGAUUCAGCGCGGUCUUUAAAAAGAAAUAAAGGGAGGCAAUUGCUAAAUCGUCGGGCUUGGCCUCCGUCAAGAUGUUGGUAACUUAUAUUUGCUGCUGAAAGGAGAGUCGUGGAGCCGGAUGCUGAGCAGAGCGAUCCAUCCUGAAACACAGCUGAAAUCCCCGUGCCUCACAGCCGCACACAUCCAUUACCAAAACCUGCUCGAGAGGGUCUGUAGGGUGGCACAGGUAUUUGGGAUGGCUUGCAGCUGCUUGACCGUCAAGCAGAGUGAUGCUGAAGUUACAGCAGCCCAGGGGCAGCGCUGGCUGCCAUUGAUUCAUCCCUGGGUUUGGUGAGAAAUGAGUUAUAGCUAGGAUGUGCUUCAGGACGGAACCGUUUUUGUGUUCUUGUGUGAGUUGUUGUUUGCGUUGCUUUCGGUAAAUGCUGUGUCGAUUUGAAUGUACUUAAUGCCCUACUUCCCCGUCUUCCCCACUGCAGUUUCAAAACGAAUAAAACUCACCAGGUCAUGUAAA